AAAAUUGCAUCAGAAUGUCAACCAUGGUAAAACUUAUCUCCCAAGAAGGAGAAAUUAUUGAAGUAGACCAAGAAACAGUAAUGCUAUCAGUUCUUAUCAAGUCAAUGAUUGAUGACAGUGGGACAGAGGAGGACAUACCUCUUCCUAACGUCUCGAAGAGCAUUCUUGAAAAAGUAUUGGAGUUCUGAAAGCAUAUUAAAGAGCAUCCUCUUCAAGAAAUUGAGAAGCCACUCAAGUCUGCCAAUCUUAGAGAUAUAAUCCCUGAAUGGUACGAUGAUUUUGUAGAUGUAGAGCAAGAAACUCUUUUUGAAGUAAUCCUAGCGGCAAAUUAUUUGGACAUCAAGCCUUUGCUAGAACUUGCUUGAGCCAAAGUUGCAACAAUGGUUAAGGGAAAGUCAGUAUUAGAUGUAAGGAAGACCUUCAACAUUGAGAAUGAUCUGACUCCAGAAGAGGAGGCUCAAAUCUUAGAGGAGAACAAAUGGGCUGAGGAAGCUAUUCAAUAACGAAGACCGUUCAAAUUCUUUCAUU